AUGCUGAGUGAACUUCGCCCAGUUAUUAAUAAUUGUCCAAAUCUUGUGGAUCUUAUGGCCAUCUUACCAAUUCCAGGUACACCACAACAAGGCCAAUGGGACACUCAAGCACUUUCUGAAGGUGCUAUUCCAACAUAUUUGAUGGAUCGUGAGAAACAACAAAGAGCGAAAAUAUUAUCAAAUAUGAUAAAACAAAAACGAAAAGAAAAGGCUGGGAAAUGGACUGUUCCAUUACCUAAAGUUCGUGGUAUUGCAGAAGAUGAAAUGUUUAGAGUAUGGAAACGUAUGGUAACAAAGGCAACAUUUGUUGGUGAUGGUUUUACUAGGAAACCUCCUAAAUAUGAAAGAUUUAUUAGACCGAUGGCUUUACGUUAUAAAAAGGCACAUGUUACACAUCCUGAAUUAGCAGCCACUUUUCAUUUGCCAAUCAUCAGUGUUAAGAAAAAUCCUCAAAGUCCUUUAUAUACUCAACUCGGUGUUAUAACUAAAGGAACAGUUGUAGAGGUGAGCUCUACAGAUGUUAAUGUUUCAGAAUUAGGACUUGUAACAACAACAGGAAAAGUUGUAUGGGGAAAAUAUGCUCAAGUUACAAACAAUCCCGAAAAUGAUGGAUGUAUUAAUGCAGUUUUACUAGUAUAA